AUGUAUUUGUUUAGRCGUGAACCACUGGCUCUUAUCAACCUCAAGAAGAAAAAUGAUGAAACUGGGGAAGAAGAACUUGCCUCACGUUUAGAUCACUGCAAGGCAAAAGCCACCAGGCACAUAUUCCUGAUCCGCCACUCACAGUACAACCUGGACGGCCGGGCUGAUAAAGAUAGAACUCUGACCCCACUUGGUCGAGAACAGGCUGAACUGACUGGGCACAGACUGGCCAGCUUGGGGCUGAAAUUUGAUCAGAUUAUCCACUCCUCCAUGACUAGAGCAACUGAAACAACUGAAAUAAUCAGCAAAUAUCUCCCUGGAGUCAAAAAAAUYAGCACUGAUCUGCUGAGAGAAGGAGCACCCAUAGAACCAGAUCCRCCAGUCUCUCACUGGAAGCCAGAAGCUGUGCAGUAUUACGAAGAUGGAGCUCGCAUUGAGGCUGCUUUUCGAAACUUCAUUCAUAGAGCUGAUGCAAAGCAGGAGGAAGACAGCUAUGAGAUCUUUGUCUGCCAUGCCAACGUGAUCCGUUAUAUUGUGUGCAGAGCGCUGCAGUUCCCCCCAGAAGGCUGGCUGCGAAUGUCCCUCAACAAUGGCAGCAUAACCCACCUGGUGAUCCGGCCCAACGGCAGGGUGGCGCUCCGGGCGCUGGGGGACACGGGCUUCAUGCCACCGGAUAAAAUCACACGCACCUGACCGAGUGGCACCGCGGGCCGGCCGGGAGCUGCCUCUGGUCUCUUUGCACUAGUACCUUCAGCUACAGUACCACUAGAUUAUCUGCUGUGUUGGGAUGUGACGCUAUUUUAAAAUGUCUUUUAGCCCCUUGCCUCCUUCAUCCAUAUUCAUAUCUGCCUUUCAGUGCAGAAAAGAAGAGAUUCUGUGUAUGCCUGAAGCUACCCAGGCCUCAAGUGUUCCCAAAAAACUCUUAACUUGAGCUGUGGAAUACAAAAAGAUUGAAUGUCUGUGUGCUCACCAGCUGGGCGAGCACUACUAUGUAUUUAUUUUUUUUCUUCUCUCUCUCUCUCGCUCUUUCUCUCUGUUUUUCCUCCUCUCUUUUCUGCAAACUUUUGUAACCAAAGCUUGCUCCUGUGGAUGUAUUUUGUGCAGGAAAGCAACUGGUAUGGGACCUGGAGAGGACAGCCCGUAUCACACUGCAGCUAGAACUGAAGAUGAGGAAGCUUAUUUCUGCUCUUGCAGAAGUAACUGAGGGAAUUCUGCCCUUUAAAGGACAAAGGGUUAAGGCUUUGGGCUUUUUUUUUUUUUUUUUUUCCUUCUCUUUUUAAAGCUAUUGAGGAUGUAUCUCUGUGGCAUCCUUGUUACCUUCUGCCAUCCCUUCCUCCACCCAAGUUAAUGUAAACUGUGCCUGGAGUUGAUGGACAUAAAAGAAAAGAAGGUUAAGAACCCAUUUGCCUCAGAGCUGUGGUGCUAGAAUUACCCGCUGCUCCUAUUGAGUGCUCUGCCAUCCUUGGCAUGCCCUUAAAGCUGUUCUGAGCAAUGUUCUUGAGUCUCAUAAAGCCUUUAACUAAAACUUGGCCUGUAGGAAGGUGCAGGSAUGAGUAAAGGUGGAAGAAAGAGAAAAGCAAGAUCUUUCCCUGGUUCUUCUUGUUAUGACUCUCAUGUUUACAAGGACUAGAGACUUUUCUGCUUUUUUCCCAUUGAUUUGUGUUUAGUAGUUUGCUUUCCAAGUACAGAAGUAACAGCUUUGAGGUUCAAAAUACAUGUGAGUUGAAAGUGGAGGUUCUGCAGUACUGAGACAAACUCCCUGUGCCUGACUGGAGAAGAGUGGUGGUGUUUGGACCCCUCUGUGAAGCGAUCAGUAUAAAUGUGGGGCAGGAUGCCUCCSAGUUGCUCCUUUGUACAGCUUUGAUUCUGCAGAACUUGUUUCAGGUAAAAUGUGUGCCUGAGAACCAGGGUUUAAUUUGAGGAAGCCACUCAGAUGAAGAGCAUUUGCUGUUCCCCUGACCUUUCUACAGUGCUUGGCUCAGGUAGUGCCUGAAAUGUUGAAAGUUUUGCYGCAUACUGCAGGAAUAAAUAAGGAAUUACCUGUUUGACUGAUACUCUUUAUUGCUGAGAAUCCUGACAAAAUGCCCAGCACGUUUCUCUCAGAGCUGUAUGAAGCAUAAUCAUGGCUUGCACCCUCGCAGCACAGGGCUUAGGGGCUUGGUU